CUCUCUUCUGAUCAGUUGUGUUUAUCGUAGACACUGAGGUGUUCUCUGCCUUGACUAAAGAUGAGUGAUGUGAAUCCACCCUCUGACACCCCCGUUCCCUUUUCAUCCUCCUCCACUCACAGUUCUUGUAAUCCACCCUGGACAUUCUCUUGCUACCCCGGCUCCCCCUGUGAAAAUGGGGUCAUGCUGUACAUGAGGUAUGUGAGCAACAAGGAGCUACAAUGGUUCAAGCAGUUCUUACUGAAUGAACUCAGAGCUGGCACCACGCCCAUCACCUGGGACCAGGUCAAGAGAGCCAGUUGGGCAGAGGUGGUUCAUCUCUUGAUAGAGCGUUUCCCCGGACGACGAGCUUGGGAUGUGACUUCAAACAUCUUUGCUGUUAUGAACCGUGAUAAAAUGUGUGCUCUAGUACACAGAGAGAUAAAUGCCAUUCUACCUACCUUGGAACCAGAGGACUUGAAUGUGGGAGAAACACAGAUGAAUCUGGAAGAAGGAGACUCUGGUAAAAUACAGCAGUACAAAUUGAAUGUGAUAGUCAAGUGUUUCCCCACAUGGGACUUUAUGAUUUGGCCUGGAAACCAGAGGGACUUCUUUUACCAAGAUGUACACAGGCACAUGGAGUACUUACCAUGUCUGCUUCUACCCAAAAGACCCCAGGGUAGACAGCCCAAGACCGUGGUCAUACAGGGAGUUUCUGGGAUUGGAAAAACAACCCUGGCUAAAACGGUGAUGUUGGAGUGGGCCAGUAACAGGUUCUACGCCCACAAGCCCUGGUGUGCUUUCUACUUCCAUUGCCAAGAGAUGAACCAGACAACGGAGCAUAGCUUCUCCGAGCUGAUUGAGCACAAGUGGCCUGGAUCUCAGGACCUUGUGGCGAAGAUUAUGUCCAAACCAGACCAACUUCUGCUGCUGUUGGAUGGUUUUGAGGAGCUCACAUCUACCCUCAUCAACAGACCGGAGGACCUGAGUGAAGACUGGAGGCAGAAAUUGCCUGGAUCUGUCCUACUGAGCAGUUUGCUGAGCAAAAAGAUGCUUCCGGAGGCCACGCUACUGAUCAUGAUAAGAUGUACCUCGUGGCCGACAUGCAAGCCCUUGUUGAAAUGUCCCUCUCUCAUCACCCUUCCGGGGUUUAAUACGACGGAAAAAAUCAAGUAUUUCCAGAUGUAUUUUGGAUACGGAGAGACAGAUCGAGUCUUGAGUUUCGCCAUGGAAAACACCAUCCUCUUUUCCAUGUGCCAGGUCCCUGUGGUUUGCUGGAUGGUCUGCUCUGGUCUGAAACAGCAAAUGGAGAGAGGAAACAAUCUCACACAGGCAUGUCCAAAUGCCACCUCUGUAUUCGUCCGGUAUAUUUCCAGCUUGUUUCCCACCAGAGCUGAGAACUUUUCCAGAAAGCUCCACCAAGCGCAACUGGAGGGUCUGUGUCACUUGGCCGCAGACGGUAUGUGGCACAGGCAAUGGGUGUUUGGUAAAGAAGACCUUGAGGAAGCCAAGUUGGAUCAGACGGGAGUCUCCGCCUUCCUCGGCAUGAGUGUUCUUCGAAGAAUUGCGGGUGAGGAGGACCGCUACACCUUUACCCUCCUGAUUUUUCAGGAAUUUUUUGCGGCCUUGUUUUAUGUUCUCUGUUUCCCACAAAGACUCCAAAAUUUUCAUGUGUUGAGCCACGUGAAUAUCCAGCGCCUGAUAGCGAGUCCCAGAGGAAGCAAGAGCUAUCUCUCUCACAUGGGACUUUUCUUAUUCGGCUUUCUGAACGGGACCUGCGCGUCGGCCGUGGAACAGUCAUUCCAGUGCAAGGUGUCUUUCAAUAAUAAGAGGAAGCUGCUGAAAGUCAUACCUCUGUUGCAGAAAUGCGAGCCGCCUUCUCCGUGCUCUGGGGUCCCGCAGUUAUUCUACUGUCUGCGUGAAAUCCGGGAGGAAGCCUUUGUAAGCCAAGCCCUAAAUGGUUACCGUAAAGUUGUCUUGAAAAUUGGCAACAGUAAAGACGUUCAGGUGUCUGCUUUUUGCCUGAAGCGCUGUGCACAUUUGCAGGAGGUGGAGCUGACCGUCACCCUGAGCUUCAAGAACAUGUGGAAGCUCAGCUCCGGCUCCCGUCCUGGCUCUGAAGCACCAGAGAGCAAAGAGCUCCAUUGCUGGUGGCAAGACUUAUGCUCUGUGUUUGCAACGAAUGAUAAGCUGGAAGCCCUGACUUUGACCAGCAGUGCUUUGGGGCCUCCCUUUUUGAAGGCUCUUGCUGCCGCACUGAAGCACCCUCAGUGUAAACUGCAAAAGCUACUCUUAAGGCGUGUGAAUAGCGCUAUGUUGAAUCAGGACUUAAUCGGUGUUUUAAUGGGGAACCAGCAUCUGAGAUACUUGGAAAUACAACAUGUGGAAGUGGAGUCCAAUGUUGUGAAGCUUCUGUGCAAAGCGCUGAGAUCCCCCCGGUGCCGUCUGCAAUGUCUCAGGUUGGAAGACUGCUUGGCCACCCCUAGAAUUUGGACUGAUCUUGGCAGUAAUCUUCAAGUUAACAGACAUCUAAAGACUCUCAUACUAACAAAAAACUCCCUGGAGAACUGUGGGGCGUGUUACCUGUCUGUGGCCCAGCUGGAGAGGCUGUCGAUAGAGAAUUGCAACCUUACACAACUUUCUUGUGAAAGCCUUGCCUCCUGUCUCAGGAAGAGUAAGAUGCUGACCCACCUGAGCUUGGCGGAAAAUGCCUUGAAAGAUGAAGGGGUCAAGCAUAUUUGGAAUGCCCUGUCACACCUGAGAUGUCCUCUGCAGAGGCUGGUGUUGAGAAAGUGUGACUUGACCUUUAAUUGCUGUCAGGAUAUGAUCUCUGUGCUCUAUAAAAAUAAAACCCUGAAAAGUCUUGACCUGAGUUUUAAUAGCCUGAAGGAUGAUGGAGUGAUCCUGCUGUGUGAGGCCCUGAAGAACCCUGACUGUACAUUACAGAUCCUGGAGCUGGAAAACUGCCUGUUCACCUCCAUCUGCUGCCAGGCCGUGGCUUCCAUGCUCUGUAAAAACCAACAUCUGAGACAUCUGGACUUGAGCAAGAACGUGAUCGAAGUUGAUGGUAUUCUGACCUUGUGUGAGGCCUUCUCAAGUCAAAAGAAGAGAGAGGAGGUCAUUUUCCUGGACUUGAAAAACUUCUCCCCAACUCCUCACCCACCUGACUUCACUCAGGAGAAAGUGACUGUGCCUAUCCCAAAGUAA